CUUCAUCUCGAAUUAGUGAUGCCCACCUGGCAGACACAAUGAUUGGCAAAGCUGUGGAACAUAUGUUUGAGACAGAGGAUGGCUCAAAAGAUGAGUGGAGGGGGAUGGUCUUGGCUCGAGCUCCUAUUAUGAACACAUGGUUUUAUAUUACCUAUGAGAAGGAUCCUGUCUUGUACAUGUACCAACUCUUAGAUGACUAUAAAGAAGGUGACCUUCGCAUUAUGCCUGAUUCCAAUGAUUCACCUCCUGCAGAACGGGAACCAGGUGAAGUUGUGGACAGCCUGGUAGGCAAACAAGUGGAAUAUGCCAAAGAAGAUGGCUCAAAACGAACUGGCAUGGUCAUUCAUCAAGUUGAAGCCAAACCAUCUGUCUAUUUCAUCAAGUUUGAUGAUGAUUUCCAUAUUUAUGUCUACGAUUUGGUGAAGACAUCCUAGACAUAUUCAUGAACUUUGGCCAAAUUUGUGGAACUAUUAAAUGUAAAAUUUGUAGACACAGACUUGACUGUUUUUCAGUUAAAUGAAAGCUUAAAUGUCCCUGCGAACCCACAAUCUCUGCCAGCAAAACUGUUUUGUUCUGAAUAAUACAAAUUUAUGUGAACAUGACACAUUUUGCGUAUGAGAACUUUUCUUGAAGGAAGUCAAUAUAUUUGGGUGGGAGGGAGUUAAAAGCAAAGAACAGCUGCAAAUUCAAGCUGUGUGAAGUCAAUCUAGUAUUGUAAUCUAGAUUUUUUCCUAGAUUUUAACUUUUUCUUAAACCUUGCACUCACCUGUUCAACU